AUGGCGCAAGCGUCGAGCCUUCCCUCAGCGCCCGGCAUCAUCCCUGCCACGCCGCCCCGGGCUCUGCUCUAUGAUUCCGACCUCGACGAGCUCGGCGACGAACGAAUUCCCGGCACAUCACCCUACAUUACCCAACCCACCCAGAUAGUCUCGAACCCGAACCCAAAGCUUCUGAGGAAAGCCUCUCCCCGACGAUCAUCUCCCGAGCCCAUUCUGUCUUCCUCUCCACCUCGACCUCCCCAGCUCACCAAGCAGAACUCGAACUCUUCGGCGGGCCUUCCUUUUCGAAACCAGCCCAUCACCAAAUUCUUUAGUCGUCCUCUACCCAUCAGCCCUCAGAGACUCGCCUCCUCUAAUUCGCAACAAAUGGCAAACGGCAAUCCGCCGAGGUCGUCGAUACCUCAAAAGAGGAAUUCUGAUAUAAUUGCACUCUCUUCGGAUGACGAUGAGGAUAGCCUUGUUGAAGAUCGCGCUGAUAUCAUACCCACAAAUUUCUCGCGCAAGCCCAAGCCCUCAAUCCCCGAGCCCAAGCCUAAGGAAAAGCCCAAGGCGAAACUGAUCGAUUUUGAGUCUUUUAAGUACAAGGGUCAGACAAGACCAGCUCCGCCAAGCAAGGCUUCCACAAUGCCAUCCAAACGCGGAAAUCGGGCGAAGAAGAACGUUGUUCUCGAUAGCGACGAGUCUGAGGAAGAGGAAGAGGAGGAGGAGGAGGAGGAGCCGAUAGUUCCCCGCCGCCGGAGAUUAAUGCGCGGUCUGCGGCCCGGCCAGGAGUCUCAGUCAACGUUAUCCUCUCCCCCAUCCUCCUCUCGCGAUUCGUCCACCCCAACAUCGUCGCAGAGGUCGACCAAAGCGACAACCCCCGAAGUACCCAUCACGAUAUUAUCCGAUAGCGAUGAAGACGAAUUCGACUCUAAAGAGGACGACACUCCCCGCACCGAUGAAGAUGUGCGCCUCCUUAAGCUCCUAAAUGAUUUGGAUCUUAAAGAUCUGGCUGCCUUGACAGGAGCGCCAGAAGCCGACCUCAAGCUCUUGAUUAAGAAGCGCCCCUUCGCUUCGAUCGCUAGCGUCGAAAGCGUUUGCAAGAUAAAAGAAGGCCGCGGAAAACAGAAGCGCCAAAAGGUCGAGAUCGGCGAAGCCAUCAUCGACAAGACGCGCAACUUCAUGAGAUCCAUCUCCAUGGUGGACAAGGUCGUCUCGGAGAGCGAGGCGCGCGCGGCGUUUAUCAAGAAACAGCUCGAUUUGUGGCACAUCGACGCCUACGGUCAGAAGAAGAAGGGGAAGAGCGCGAGUAGCGGUUCCGACUUUGUUGAUAAGCAACCUUCGUCCAUGUCUAAGGAAACCCCGAUGCAUGACUUCCAAGUUUUUGGUGUCAAUUGGAUGAAUCUCUUGUUUAAAAACAGCUAUGGCGGCAUCCUCGCAGAUGACAUGGGUCUCGGUAAGACGUGUCAGGUGGUUGGCCUACUGGCUCGGAUGUUGGAUGACUACGACAACGAGGUCACCAAGGACUGGCCGUUCCCUAAUCUCAUCGUCGUUCCGCCGUCUACUCUGGAUAACUGGAUCCUCGAGUUUAAGAAAUUCGCGCCGGACCUGAACGUCAUGAAAUACAGCGGUUCCCGAGCUGAGCGAGAUGACAUCGCCGAGGAGCUUGCGGAGGACCCGGAACAUUACCAUGCCAUUGUGACUUCCUACACCCAGUUCUCGCAAAAGGAGGACCUGCGCAACCUCAACUCCCUGGGCAUCAAUGCGGCCAUCUUCGACGAGGGACAAAUCCUCAAGAACCCGACGACUCUUCAGUACGGACGCCUACACCAGCUACGAACAAAGUGGCGACUACUCAUUUCUGGCACGCCGAUCCAGAACCACUUGAUGGAGAUGAUUUCGCUGCUCAACUUUGUGGACCCCGAGCUGUUCAGGGACAGGAUGGAGGCGAUCCGCUACGUGUUUGACCACAAGAUUCAUACACGAAACUUGACGAACACCGCUCUACUCUACGGAGAGCGAGUCAGCCGCGCGCGAUCCAUCUUGGAGCCAUUCAUUCUACAACGACAAAAAGAUCAAGUCGGCCAGAAUCUGCCGAAGAAGACGCAUUCAAUCAUCUAUUGCGACCUUCCCCCUGCCCAGAAGGAGGUGUACGACAAGUAUGAGAAGAUGUUCCGGACUGAGCCUAGUGCGCGAAUGAAGGAAGCCGUGGGUGCGCGUGGCAAUGAUAUGAAUAAUGUAUGGAUUCAGCUCAAGAAGGCUGCUCUGCACUUGCAGCUGUUCAGGCGGCACUUUUCCGACGAGACGACGGAGGAGAUGGCCGACAUCCUAUUCAAUAGAGUCCCCUACAAGGAGCUCGACCUCGCGGAACCCAAGAUUCAUCUUCUUCUACAGGACCUCAAGAGCCGGUCAGAUUUCGACCUACACCUCUAUUGCCAGGACUUCCUACCGCUGCUACGAAAGUUCGACGUGCCGAAGGGGUCGUGGAAGGAGAGCGGCAAGAUCAAAAAGCUGCUGGAGCUGAUCGAGGGUUACCGCAAGAACGGUGACAGGGUUCUCGUGUUCAGCAAGUUCACCAAGAUCAUCGAGAUCCUAUCGUACGUGCUUUCGCACGACGACAUCGAGUACUGCAUGCUCACAGGCGCCAGCGCCGUCGGCGAGAGGCAGAAGGAAAUUAACAGAUUCCAGAAGAACGCCGACAUCCCCGUAUUCCUGCUGACGACGGGUGCGGGAGGAACGGGCAUCAACCUGACGGGCGCCAACAAGGUCAUCAUCUUCGACAUGUCGUCGAACCCCCAGGACGACCGGCAGGCGGAGAACAGGGCGCACCGCCUGGGCCAGACGAGGCCCGUGGAGGUGAUUCAUCUCAUCGCGAGGGGCACGGUCGAAGAGCUUAUUUAUAAGGCUUGUCAGAAGAAGAUCGAGUUGGCGGAGAAGGUGACGAAUGCGGGCGGGGGUGAUACGGAGGGUCAGCUUAAGGCUAUUGUGAGGGAAAUGAUGGAUGAGAACGACCAGGGCGAGGAUUAA